CGACCUUGAACGGCCUAGUGCAGGGCGGCUCAGUUGCUGUGUGUUGGUUGAAUGAAUUGAGGGUUGGAUGAAUUCUAGGUGUUCUCAUAAUUAAAUGGUCUGUCAGUGCAGCGAAAUCACAAGAUCACUGCAAAAAUCAUUCACUAACAUCUCGUUGUUUUAUAGUGUACACAUUGGUUCGCAACUUGAUUUCAAAUAGCAAUUGUUCUAUGUACUUCCAGUUGUGCUUAAUAGAUUCUAGUUGAGUUUCCAUUUUCUACGUUCCCAAGGAUUUUUUCCUGGCUCAAAAUAACCUGCGUCAUGUUAUACAUCUCAUUUAGCUGAGUAUACAUCAGGAAAACUACCUGUAGCAAUGAAUGAGCAUGUUGAAUGCAUUGUUUCGCUUAGUCUAGUGAUGGAUGCAGUUUUUGGAGGUUUUAUAUCAUAAAUUUUAUAAACAAACGAACUUCAGAUGGAUUUAUGGAAAAGCAUUGAGAAAAAUCUGUCUUGGUUUGACUUGUCAUCGGAGGUGCGUAUGCAGUUGAACGACGACCCAAAGAAGUACGAGGAACAAAUUUUGUUACACAGUUUUCGAAACCAGUUGCGCUACACCGGAAAUAUAGUACAAUUGGUCAUAAAACGUGAAAAGAAAUACUACGAGAAACUUGUUGAUUAUGGAAGACAACAUUAUCUCCUAUAUCCUUACCACUUGCAAGACAAAAUAGUCCGUGGUUUGCAAAUUACGCAGUUUGUCUACUACCGUCGCAUGAUAAUUGAUCUGAUUUCGACUGAAAAGUCAUAUGACUGUCUCCCAAAUUUUACUGCUGCAGAUUGCUUACGUUUGUUGGGAAUUGGUAGAAAUCAGUAUAUUGAACUUGUAAACACUUACAAGAGUUUCUUGUCGUCAAUAGGUCCUGACGAAAAUGAAAUUCAAGGACUUCUUUGUGACAUUCUGCCGUCACAGCCAAUCGAUAAAGUCAUAUUUGAGCCCUGGUAUGUAGUUCGUAUUGGAUCAGUUAUGUUAUCUGACAUACAAGCAUCUACGGAUUCCGAGCGCAUAACGAUCGACCAGUUGAUAGAUGCUGAGAAAGCAGAUGACCUGGAGGAAACCAACCAAGUCAGUCCCGGAAUCCUGGUUAAAGAUCUUGAUCAAAAUAUCAUCAAAGGACUUUACCUUCGUGGUUUGAUCUACAUUGAUAUUCCAGUGUCUUGUAACGAUAAGAUAUGUGUCCCCACACUUGAGGGCUUCGUAAUGAAUCGCAUCAGUGGAGAUAUUAGGGAAAAUCUUUUAUACAAGAUUUUUGUCACUGCUGAUGAGAAUACAUCCGUUAGUGAACUAGCCGAGUGUCUGCAGGUAGAUGUGAACUCAGUAAAACAGGCUGCUUCUAUAUUUUGUCGGUUGGGGUUCGCUCAAAAACGGAUUGGACGUCCGGAGAGUCGAACAAAGCCUUUUCAAAUUCCAAUAUCCAAUGAGGAGUCUGAUACGCUGCUACACACGGGAAACUCAGUUGUCGACGCAAACUUAGAUUCUUUUCCAUCUGUAGAUGACCACUCUCAGCAGAAAAAAAAGUUGGUACUGAUAUUUGAUUCGACCAUCACAGCUUAUCUAAUGAUGGGAAAUUUAUCACCCAACUUAAAGCCUCAUGCAGUUACAAUGUUUGAAGUUGGGAAAUUAUCAGAUGAUUCAUUGAAUUCUUUCAUAUUUGAAUUAAACCAUCUUGCUCCUGUUUCAGAAGGUGAAGCCGGAGUUUAUCGCGAGUAUGCUCUGAAUUUAAGAAAAACAAUCCACUUUUUGCGUAGUCAGGCUUCAUUAGACUCAACGGACUUUAGUGAUGUGGAUUUAAUUAGAGGUGGUUCGUUAUUAAGUUUAGAGGCUGAAACACGCAUACGAGUUUUGCACAAAAACUAUAACAUAGUUGUGAGCCUUAUUCCCUCAACAUAUGAAGACCAGCAAGCUUCUGAUUCCCAAUGGCCACCACAUUUAGGACCACCUAUAUCAGAAGCUAAUUCUCCGUGGUUCGGUCUUUUCAUUUCAUGUAUUGCAAGCAAUGCGAUUCAAAGAAAACAGAAUCCCAGUGUUAAUGUAUUGCCUACUCUUUUGAUAACAUGUGGUACUAGAAUAUCUAGACUUCCUUUACCUUUACGAGGAAUUUCACGCUUCUGGCUUACUGCAUGGGGUCAUGAUGCUGUAGUGGUAGAUUCAACUAGUUUUUUAACCACAGCAAACGAUAUGCUUCUAUCAUCACCUGUACUUAUCCAAGCUAUCGAAAGUUAUGAAUUUGAAGAAAAUUUAUCCCAGAGAUAUAUACCUUUACCUAUUUCCAAGGAAUUCCUACAACAUUCAUCCAAUUGUGUACCAGAAUUCAUAAUACAUCUUAUGAACGUUAUCGAUUUAACCUAUGUCUCUGGAUAUAUCGUAGUACUGGCUCCGAUGAACAAGUGUGAACACGACCAAGAUCUGAAUAAACUAGCUUCAGAAGACCAAAAUUUCUUAUUAACUAGCACAGAUUCCAUUUUACAACGCGAUCAACAAAAAAGUGAAUACACUUGUUCUAGGAAAGCUGUUUUAGUGGAAAAUGAAUUGCUCACUAUUAUGAAAGAGCAUAAACCCAUCUAUUUAAUUACUUUACGUCUAGGUUUGCCCAUUUUUAACAUGGAAUUAAAUCACGCAGUUUGUGCUCAAAUAUCUGGUCAGAAUUUACUAUCCACUAAUAACCGCAAUCAUCUUGAAGCUACUAAUCAUCUACUUGUUGAAGAACUUACAAAAUUUAUUUUUAAUGACUGUUCAGGUUUGUUGCCUAACCAAAACCAGUGUAGUUAUUCAACCCUUGUUACCAGUUCUGGUGGUAAUUUUCCUGAUACCUGGCCUCUUCCUACAAAAAAUAUGAUGUGCGCCAAUGGUAUUUUGUCAUUUUUUUAGUCUUUUUCGCCACACCUAAUAAUAUUUAAUCUGCAAUUAUUUUUGGUUGUAACGAGUACAUAUCUAUUUUGGUCAAAUGAUUUAAUCGUCUGAUGAGCACUCAUUUUAAUUUUUUGUGUGGAUUAUCUGUUAUUCAGGUAUCACUUAGGUUUUGUCUUUUUCUAUUUUUAAUUUCUAUCCAUCCUUUCUUUUUUUUAUUUAACCCUAAAAAUAUAUUGUCAUACCUUUAACAGCAGUACAUAUCGUUCUGUUUAUUCCUUAAUUGAUUUCUGACCAAGUCAUGUCCUCUGUAUAUCAGUAACCGCAUAUUGGAUACAUUAGCGAUCAACGUGAACUUGGCAAUUAGAUUACAGGUAGUUUCGAACAAGUUAUAACUUAAAAAUAACCCUGUAUAAAAUCUUUCAUUUACAUAAAAUCAAGUUGCUGGACAAUGUCGGAGAGUAUUUUUAAUCUAUAAUAUUUUCCAGACCGCUGACAAGCAGUAGGCUCAAGGAAAUUUUUUCUAAUCAAUUUCUAAGUUGUACCAAAGUUUCGUAAUUUUGUCCCAACUAAAUUCACAUCAAGAAUAUAAUCUUAUCGUCUCAAGAGAGUUAUACUAUCAUGACUUGCUUAUCCAAAAAUGUCAAGGUAACCCAUUGUCAUCGAAUAAAGAGAACUCAACAGAACAUUUUUUCAACGAUAUCUUCUACUAAAGCUGUUUGUGGUGUAAUGAAUAUUUGAGCCUCAAAAAAGCGAUCACAUCAGAAAUUUCUCCAAGACUUCAAUUGUAAGGAGAAUUUCGCGUAAUCUAGAGGUUUGAGAAGAAUAGGAGGUUAAUAAUUAUCUACUGAUCUAAAAUAUGAGCGACAAUUAUCCGCUUGACAGAUAUGGAAAAGACGUAAAAUGCGUUUAGGACAUCAUAACUGAUUAAUUAUCAUGUUUAUUUAUUUGAAUACAUAAAUAUUGGUACAAAGAGGCACCGAAUACAUGUGCGCGACACAAGUCACUUGAUUUGUAUGUGGGCUGUGAUACUGCCCUGGUGCCCAGACCGAAGCCGGUCGAUUUCUUGAGGGGACACACGCGGAGCCUUCGACUUAAAGAUCUAAUCCACAAGGCAAUGGAGCAACGUCAGGAGAUGCAGUCCCAUGGUGGCCGGUUACCAAUAAUUGGUUCAUACGCCAUUUGUUCCGUCAGGGUCCCGGAACCCACGUACACCACUGGUUUGGAAUCAGGGUUUUCCAACUUCACUAGGUGGAUCUUCCGUGUCCACCAACCCGGUUAAAGCGCUGGACAUUCGCUUUCCGUCCUCUCAAUUUUGUAAACAACACUCCUACCGCGACAAGGCAGCGAGUAGGACUUCCCUGGCAGUGGCUGUAUACGUGUGGCCAUGUGAGAGCAUUUCGAGAGGGAUAGCUGACUCUCCUCACCCUCGGCCAUACCAUUUGGGGGCUGAUUAUGGAUAUUUGUAAGAGGGUGAUGAUAGCUGGUUACGCUUUAAAAGUACAAUAUGACAGUGAAAACGAAACUAAGGCAUUCUGAAAAGUGUCAAGCCAAAGGCAAAAUGAAAGGUUGCACGUGUCUCUUUUGGACGCAGUGUUCAGAUUUGGAUUAAUAAAUCAUCGUCGCCUCAGCAGUACAGAAGUUUUUUAUUCAACCUCUCUUUAUUCAUGUAGAUCCUUUCGAAGUGUGAUUUUUCUGGGGCAACAUUGCCUGGAGUUGGAAAAUACGCUCCUGUACUGAGCUUCUGAUUACCUUGGAUUCCUUUUUGAAAACUCCACGCUAUGUACUGUUCUGAGAUGCGUUCAGAAAGUGUUCGCUUAGUGGAAUCAAUGAAACUCGGCCCUCGAUAACAAAUGAUGUAUGCACAUCGAUGUGGCUCAAAGAGAAAGUUUACUCAUAACACAUCUAUGAAUGGUAGCCCAUUUGGAGUAGACAAUAUAAAGCUUAGCUGAGUAGAAAGUUUUCAGAGAUCUUGAAAUCGGUUUAUUCAGAAAUUCCUCAAAUUUGCCAUUCUUUCGUACCAUCAGUGAUCCUUCAGGUAGUAAGCUAGAACAAAUAAAUGACGGUUCUUCUAAAUGAAGGCAGUGACAAAAUGUCUUCUGAUCACAAUGAGCAAUCAGGCAAUUACGUGUGAGAUACGUUUCUCUGCCUCUCAAUUCGAAGUUUUUCCUUAGGACUGCUUCACUUCCGCCUAAAUUAAUGGUGGGGAGUAAGAUAGUUGAAUGCGUUUACCAUCCUUGAAACAUUAUCAGACCUGGUGUCUGAUGAAGUCUCAGCGUAGAUUUGGAAAUCUCGCUUGGCUUAUGCCAGCUCCUAUCACCUUUGGCGCAGACUAAGACAUCUGUCUUCUAAUCAAGAAGUGAGUGUACUGCAUAAUAGUUCACUCGAUUUUCAUUUAUCGUUAUGAAAGAUAGACUUAAAAAGUAAGUGGCAUUCUUGAGUUGCUAGUAUUUGAUCAUACAUGCCUUGAAACAUUGAUUUUCAUUUAUAUUUACUUUAUAGAUUCCAUACUCUUUUAAUCACUUUAUUUUCUUUUGUUUCCGUCUCGAAUUUCAUCGUUUUAUUAUACUUUAUUCCUGUCAUUAUAAAUACCGCAAACAUUCACAAACGAGUUUCCAUACAAACUAGUGAUGACGUGUUUCUUAUCAUUCCUGAAUAUUAGUGAAUCUGCUUUUUUGGGGAAGGAAAUAAAAUUAUCAGUUAUUUUAACAUUUAUUGAUGUUUACUUUGUGUUUUCUCAGGUAUUUUUUAAAUAGAUUUAUCACGUGUAUUUUCAAAUAAUAUUUAUCAAACAGUUGUAUAAUUGUGUUUUAUUGAAUCUUAAUUGUGAAAUUUCUUUCAACUCGGUUACUGUUGUAUUCUUUCACCGUUCGAAAAAUAAUAAACAACUGUAAAUGUUUG